AUGAAUAACGGUCAUAGAGAGGAACAAGAAGAAGUUCCUCUGUUGUCCGAUAAUGGAACAAACAACAAUCCUACCACCAAUAACAGUAAUAAUAUUAAUAAUAAUAGACGUGCAUCAACUGUCUCCACACGAACAUCAGGCUCUAGGCGUAGUGGUUCAAAUAAGUUAAUUAAUAAUCAUAUUACAGAUUUUGAAAAUGCAGAUUCUUGGGGGAUUCUACAUGAAUCAGAUACAGAUUAUGAUUUAGAAAGAGCCGGUAGAAUAGCUAAUUCCAAUACUUUUAUUGACCAUAGACCAUCCAUGUUAACAAAUGAUAGUAAUGCUACUAUGAAACCUCAAAAGAAUGGAUAUUCAGUGACAACCCCUUUAAUUAAAAAAAAGACUAGAGCAUUUAGUGUAUCUAGUGCUAAAUAUAGUAAAGAUAGUAGAACAACAAGUAUUCCAAGAAGAGAUACUACUUCUAAAGUUGGUACUUUAAGACAUAGUAAGACACAUGCCAUCGGAGAUGAUGUAGUGAUAGACGUAGAUGCUUUGUUGCAGGAUGUACGAAAGAAUAGAUCAAGAGAUAAUAAGACUCAAUUAUCAAAUUUUAGUAGUGAAAGUGAUGAAGAUGUUGGAUUGGAUGAAGAAGAUGAAUAUAAUUCAAGACCUUCAUCAAGAGGUUCUUCAUCAAAUUCAUCCUUAGAUGAUGUUUGUCUUGUAUUAGAUGAUGAAUCUGAUAAAUCAAGAAAAGUUUGGCCCGAUAUUUCUAUAUUAGAGGAAUAUUCAAAGGAAGAAACUGCUAGAUUAAGAAGACAAGCUAUUGAAGAUGCCGAAGCAUUCCAUUAUCGAUAUGAUACAGAAGAUGAUGAUGUGUUUAAUAGUUCUUUACAAGACAUGAGAGAAAAUGAUGGUUUAACGGAAGAUCAAGAUUUUGCAAGUCCUAUAGUAUCUAAUAAUAGAGAAGGAAUUUUAUUUUCAAAACCAAUUGUGACUAAUAUUGAUGUUCCUGAACUAGGUAAUAAACAAGUAAAUGAAGCAGCUCUAUUACGUUCAGGUAGAUUAAGGCCUAAAAAAAUUGCACCAUGGCAUUUAAUGCAACGUCAAGGUUCAACAAAUAUUCCACAAAAUAAAAAAGAUCUUUCAAUGAAAGGUGACUCAAGAACAAAAUUAGAAGAUAAACAAAUGAGAGAUAAUUUCCUUGUUGGUAGAAAUAUUCAAUACCCACCACAUAUCAUUUCUAAUAAUCCUGAACAUUUUAAAUUUACGUAUUUUAGAAUUGAUUUAGAUUCAACAGUUCAUUCUCCAACAAUUUCUGGUUUGUUACAACCAGGUCAAACUUUUGAAGAUUUAUUUGUAAGUUCAGUAUAUGGCAAUACCAAUAGUAAUGGUAAGGGUAAUAAUACUACUGCUAAUUCUAUUGCACCACCACAAAAGGAACCUUUACAACAACCAAUACCUACAAAUUCAAACGGGCCUAAACGUGUUUCAUCAUCUAUUAAAUUUCAAUCAGUAUCACCAUUAGAUACAAGUGCCGCAGGGACUGUGACUGGUGUUCCAACUGCAUUAGGUCAUGGAAUUAAUAAAGACACUAAUAAUAAUAGUAAUAAUAAUAAUAAUAAUAAUGGAAGUAUAUUACAAUCCGUAAACAAUGGUACAUCUUUAUAUAAGAGUUUAUCAGGUGUAUCGACAAUGAUUGAGGAUGAUGUUGCUCCAUUUUGGUUGGAUGUAAGUAGUCCUACAGAAGAAGAGAUGAAAGUGAUUAGUAAAACGUUUGGUAUUCAUCCUUUAACUACAGAAGAUAUUUUCUUAGGUGAAGUCAGAGAAAAAGUUGAAUUAUUUAAUGAUUAUUAUUUGAUUUGUUUUAGAAGUUUUGAUAUUGUUGCGGAAAAGCAUACAAGAAGAAAAAAGGAGAAAACUAAUGGUAUUGAUUCAAACGGUAAUCCAACAAUGGGAUCAGAUUCUGGUAACCGUGGUUUAUUGAAUUUAUUAAAGAAAUUUUGGAAUGGUGAUAAAAAAAAUCAAGAUGAAGUUACAAAAUUAUUGAAAAGACGUGCGUCUAUAAUGUCAUACAGUAGUGGUUACAAUGGACCAACCUCUUUAAAUAAUAAUACCACAAAUAAUCCAAUCAGUGUUAAGAGUGCAUCAAGUCAUAAUAGACGUAAAUCAAUUAUUAAGAAAAGACAAGAAAGGGAAAGAUUUAAAAGAAAAUCAGGUGAUAGACAUAAACCAAGAGCAGGUGAAUUAGAACCCUUAAAUGUUUAUAUUAUUGUGUUUCGUACAGGUGUCUUAACAUUCCAUUUUGCACCAACACCACAUCCAAUCAACGUUAGACGUAGAGCUCGUUUAUUAAAGGAUUAUUUAGAUGUUACUGCAGAUUGGAUUGCAUAUGCAUUAAUUGAUGAUAUUACAGAUGCAUUUGGGCCUAUGAUUGAAUUAAUUGAAGAUGAAGUUUAUGAUAUUGAAGAUGCAAUAUUAAAGAUGAAUCAUAAUGAUUCGGAUAGUGAUAGUGAUAGUGAUUUAAGUUCCAGUUCGGAUGAUGAGAACUCAAGUUCUGAUGGUGAUAAUUCGAGUGAAAAUGUUGGAUUUUAUCGUAAGUCUAAUAAUAAUCGACGUCGUCCCAAUGAUAAUAAUAAUAAUGGUGGUGGAAUGGGUAUACCACGUAGUAUUCGUAGUGGUAGGGGUAUCUUUGAUACUAAUGGUAGACGAACAAGUUAUACGAAUAGUGUAUCGAGUGGAUUAACUAGAUCAUCAAUGACAUUUAGUUCAAGUACAAGUUCCAGUUCAUCAGGAUCAUCGGAUGCGUCGACGUUCAAUGCGAAUUUAAUUGGGUGGAAGAAAAAAGGUGAUAUGUUAAGACGUAUUGGUGAUUGUCGUAAACGUGUAAUGAGUAUACUUCGAUUACUUGGUGCUAAAGCAGACGUGAUUAAGGGUUUUGCUAAACGUUAUAAUGGACAAUGGGAUAGUACAGCACAGGCGGAAAUUGGAAUGUAUUUGGAUGAUAUCCAAGAUCAUAUAAUAACAAUGGUGUCAUCAUUGAACCAUUAUGAAAAAUUGUUAAGUCGGUCACAUUCAAAUUAUUUAGCACAAAUCAAUAUUGAUAUGACAAAGGUUAAUAAUGAUAUGAAUGAUGUUCUUGGCAAAAUUACAAUAUUGGGUACAAUUGUCUUACCGAUGAAUGUUAUUACGGGUCUUUGGGGUAUGAAUGUUUUAGUACCUGGACAAGCUGAAGAAUCAUUAAGAUGGUUUACAAGUAUACUUGGAACAAUGGUAAUAUUAGCAUAUAUUGCGUAUAUUUAUACCAAACGCAAGUUUGGUUUUUGA